AUGUCUCCUACCAACACCCAGGAAGGAGUAGAUUUCAGCCUUUACGGCGGUGCAGAGUCGCUUGCUGAGGGCAAGAACCGUCCACCCCGUCGUACCGUGGUCCCAACUCCAACGAAGCAAGAUGAUGGUCGCGCACAUAUAGCACCACCGCAGGAUCCUUCUGACUUCCUUUGGUUGAUGACCGAGGAGCCUCAUCGGUCGCGAAGGAUGGCUAUAUUGAAGGCUCACCCAGAGGUCACCAAACUCAUGGGACAUGAGCCAGUGACGAAGUUCGUGGUCUUCUUCGUGGUUGCGCUCCAGGUGGCGGUCGCCAUCUCACUCCGACACGUCAAACCACUGUCCCCCGUGUUCCUUGUGUGCGCCUACGCGAUCGGUGGCACGGCAAACCACAACCUCUUCCUUGCUAUACAUGAGAUUACCCACAACCUUGCGUUCCGUGGUGUAGCAGCAAAUAAACUACUGGCCAUAUUCGCGAACCUUCCAAUCGGCAUUCCAUAUUCCACGGCCUUCAAGCCAUACCACAUCGAACACCAUAAGUUUAUGGGGCAAGACGGAAUAGAUACUGACCUUCCAACGCGUUUGGAACUACUAUGCCUCAACAAUGUCCUAGGCAAAGUCUUCUUCGCUACAUUCCAAAUCCUCUUCUACGCUCUCCGCCCCACAUUCGUGCGCGCACAAACGCUGACACGGUGGCACUUCUUCAACAUCGCGGCUCAGCUCGUCUUCGACUAUCUCCUUGUCUCAACCUUCGGACCCCGACCGCUAAUAUAUCUUAUUGCAAGCAGUUUCUUCGCUGGUAGCUUGCAUCCCUGUGCUGGGCACUUCAUCGCCGAGCAUUACCUCUGGGACGGUCUGUCACAAGAAACGUAUAGCUAUUACGGACCUCUCAAUAUUCUCGCGUACAACGUCGGCUAUCACAACGAACAUCACGACUUCCCUUCAAUUGCCUGGACUCGACUGCCCGCUCUUCGUGCCCUAGCUCCAGAAUUCUACGAUACAAUCCCCUCGCAUCCGUCCUGGCCCAUGGUCAUCGUCAACUUCAUACGCGACAACGAAGUCGGGCUCUUCGCACGCGCAAAACGGGUAGCGAAGCGCCAAGGCAUGCCCCCCGCUGGAAGUAGGACAGUCGCUAGUCCUUCGAAGUCUAGGCUGGAGGAGGGUGGCAUAGACGAGCAGUCUGACAAGAGCGACUAG